AAAAACCCAAUCCACUAACUUUUUAUCCGGACCAAAUUUCUAUUCCAAUUUUUUGAAAAAAAACGUAAAAUAAAUUUUAUAAAUUUCUCACUCUAAUAAAAAUUUCAGCUUUUAGACACGAAGUGUUUCUGAGAACUAUUUCAGUCAGUAAUUUGGAUAAACAGGUAAAGAAAAAUGUUCUUCCCGGAGCUUCUUGUCAAAGGUUUCAGAGCUGACCGUUGCAGCGUUCGGGAUCCAUUGGAUAUACCGGAUGAUGAAGGCAAUCCCCCCCCACUCGAAAAAUACGACGUGGCCAACCGAUACGGUUUUGAUGUCAUUCAAGCAGAGGAAGAACAUCUCGGAUUCCGACUUUGGCGACGGUACGGUCCAGAAUGGUUGAAGUUUAACCUCAACCCUACGAGCAAAAGGGAAUGGUCCAUUAUUCGAAAAGCCAGGGACUGGGUGGAUCGACGGGAUCAUUACCCUCGUCACCUGAAAGAGAUGGAAAUUGCAAUGGCCGAGGGUCACAGCCGAAUUAUCAUUCAACCCAAACACAUCUCAGAGUAUGCCAGCUACUGGAAUCGAAUCAAGGAGUACACGCACUACUACGCUAUGAAUUACGGAGUUACUUGCAUUCUCUGUGCGUGGCGUUAUCCGAAAGCCUGGUGGCUGUACUUGCCUCUCCUUUACAUUUCUAUGUGCAAUGCUUAUGCUCAUUCGAGGUACAUCAGAUCGGACAGAACCCACGCCUACACCCUCCUUGAGCUGGAAGCAGUCUACGAUGAAGUCGAUUUUGAACCGGAGGCUGAGAACGUGGGCGAAAUCGACAGUCCUAAAGAGUUCCCGAGAGCAUUCUGGGUAUUAGCACGAGAUGGCCGUGUAAGGAGUACAAUUCUCUACUUUCGACACCAGUCUGCUGCCUGUUUGGCUGCAUUUGCAGUUUCAUUUCGCAUGAGUCAAUUUGAGGAAGAGGUGGUUGGACCGACUCAUCGGGUUUUGAAUUUGAACUAUCCAGCAGUGAAUUCGUGUGACUACAUACUCCCGACAUUCCUGGAUGGUAACCAGGGUUGGCCUAGCUUUAUUCCGAAAGAAGUUCCUAAACUAUUUGGACUCACAGUGGAUCAUUGGUUUUUCUUGGGGUUGUUCUCUUUCUACGUGUGGGACUAUAUCUCAUAUGUUAAAACUCGACCCAUUCCAAAAACUCGACUUGUAAACGAGACCUCUGAUGUUAGACGAUUUUAGAUUAAUUUGUAAAUUCAAAUUAAUUUACACAUUAAUCUCGUUAUACAUAUCAUAUGCUCAAUUAGUACAUUAUGUAAUUGUCAAUCGUUUUUAAAAUGAAAUUGUAACAAUGAAAAAUA